AAAAAGGAGAAGUUUAUUCAAGAAUGCUUACUGUGGGACAAGGUUGUAAACUGUACACGUGUGCGUCAGGCGAUAAACCAAAGGCAGUGACAUGCACAGUCAGUUUUGGUUUACAUUUUCACAGCCACAAGGUAAAGCGAAGUGAUGUGUCAGUGAAAUGCGUAACAAUGCAAUGUGCAUGUGUACAUUCAAAUGUGUGUGUGGGUGUUAUGUGUGAGAGAACUGACGUGUUUAAACAUUUUCCUCACAAAUGCAGCCAUUUAAACUUAAAAGGUUGACUCAAAUAACAGAAGAGAAGAGAACCCACUCUAGAUGUUCUUAAAAUGUGCUGCAUCUCUCAUUCCUCUCUGUGCGGGUCCAAAUAUUUAGAGCCCAGAGGUCUAACUUAACCAUGACAAAGCUAAUUAGUCAACCAUAACAAAAUUUUAAAAACUGUCAUCAUUUGAGUCACCACGAAAGUUGGAAACUUGCAGUGUUUCAUAUCAUUUGUGUUCAUGAUUGUACCUGGUGUACUUUUAAUACAUGUACACUGUGUUACAUCAACUAGAAGCAAUGUUGGGGAAAAUAUUUGAAGUUCUAUUUUUGGGGAGGUCUAUAUCUUGAAUGUCAUUUACUACACUGAGGUAAUGACGUGAAAAUUACCACUGUUUUGAUCAUAACUGAACUGAUUUUCGCACUCCACCACUUCAAGUGCCAAAAGUCACAUACCCUACCAUGCAGAUUCGUUGCACAUAAGGAAAACAUCCUGCUUUCUCUUGUGUGUACGUCUAUGAUUCUGUUACUAAAGGUGCGGUUAAAGACGAACAACACCAGGCCCAGAGGUAAUAUAUCCCCACCCUCAGCUGAAAGUUUCAAGUCUGUUGCAGAUCGGCGAGACGGAUUUAAAUCAAAUCCUUCAUAUGUGGUUUCAUAUGACGGGCGGGGUUAGCUAGUCAACCCACCUCACAUUUCACCUCAAUUUAUGAAACUACCCAUGAAUCAAGAUGGGGUAUCAAAACUUAUUUUUUGACAUGAUUAGAUUGUAAUAAAUGAUAAUGCACAUGAACAAUUAACACAGGGACACAGGCUAGAACUUGGCAAAAUGUAUUUUUCAUUCCAGUGUAUGUUAGAAGUUCUCUGUAACUUGAUAUUAAAAUGGGAAAUGACUCUACCUCUGUUAAUGAAUGUAGCACUUCAUUCAAAAACUACUUUUCCACUUGAAAUACGUGAGUUUGAACGCCGUGCUCCCUGUCACGAAAAUAAUGGGAAAUUUGCUUCCAUGCGCAUGAAAUCAUUAGAUUACAUUCCAUGUACAUGGACAUGGACAUGAACUGCCGGUGUCAUAGACGUUACACAAGCUUACAGGAACAUUUUGUGAAGAAGCGCCAUCAUCCACUCCGACAGGUCAAAACAUAAAGCGGAACAUUUACACAGUGUGACAGUAUGAAUGUGUACUUCAGGAUGUAUAACUGUGGUUGUGUAAGCAGCCACAUACAGAUAACUUGAUGAAAGCCAAUGACGACACACAUGCACACACAUCCACUUCUCUUUAAGCACUUCACAAUGAUAGAUGACACUGUUACAACACUUCCUCAGUACAACUGGAGGAGUGUGUCUGGACAACGUCUCUAAAAGGGCAAAGGGCAAAGAAUGUUAUUAUCACGGCUACAUUUGUCAAAAUGUGAUUUACAGUGUGUUACUGCCGACAGGGCUGAACCCUGAUGGAGCCAGCCUAGACUGAGCCUGUCCCUUCAGUGCACCUAGGGGUUGCCAUAUGUUGGACCACAUCAUAGCUCAGUGAUUUAUUUAUUUUUUUGUGUGUCUUUGCAAAGGUUUGCACAGUUGCAGACUGAGUUAACUAAAAAUAACAGUGUCUCUGUAAAUAAAUAAAACAAAUCGAAGCAAAAACGAAACUCUUUUCUGCAUUACCUUUGUCCGCCCUCAGCCCCUCUGACAUCCACAGGUUUCAACGGAGCUUAAAUAAAAAUGAGCAGUAGGUACUGGCAAAUGUCCACCGGCCAUUGUGAUGGGAUGACUUAAACAUGAGAUUUAUGCCCUGAUUGCACUGACCCAUGUUGUAUAACACCACUGUAAUAAAACGUUACAUCAUAACUCAGAUGGAAGAGAGAAGUCGCCUCAUAAAUUUCUGAUGCAUAUAUACGCACACAACAAACUGCACCCGAUCUAUUAGACAGAUGUGUUGACAGAUGUUUUUGACUGACAAUCCAGACGUAAUAGAGAAUUUGAAAUAUUUUUCUAUUCAGAGAACAAAUUUAUAUAGUUGAAUUAGUAAAACGACAGACUUCAAAUAGCUUUAUGAGAUUGCAUCGCAUCCUUUUAAAUCCUCUCAUAAAAUGUAGGGCAAACAGGUGAAGGCUGCUAACUUGUCCUAGGCCAUGCAGCCUGCUGCACGGGAGGCAGAGGAUGAUAUGAUUUGGGAUUUUAAUCCAGAAAAAAAAUAAAUCGUGGGUAGCAAGAUGAUUAUUACCAGAGCUAAAUUCUGCUUUUUGAUGUUUGCUGGAUUGCACUUUUCUCAUUUUUAUGGUGUGUCUGACUUUUUCUUGGAAGUACAUCCAGAGUACAUCCAUGAAAAUGACUUGUGUAGUAAGUGCAUGUCACCAGGCUAAAGGAAAGUGCAAUAAAUGACUUCCCCAGGCACUGAAGAUAUUGUGUAAAUAAGAAAUUCAUACAGAUUCCCUUUGCAGCAUGGUGUGUUUGACAUGUGAGUUUGCCGUGACCUUAGACUGAUAAAUGAUAUUGUUUAAAGUUGUGCGGUAAAAGUAUGAUAUUCCUUUUUGAUCUCCUGUCAUAUUUAUACAGUGGAGAACAUCUCCAAAAUGUAUUACAGGAUUACUACAGUUAAUUCUUAUAAUGAGCUGCUCCAUCUUGCAGAACAGGCCAGGAAAUCUUCACGUAAACAUGGCAUCCAUCCACAGCGAACUGAGUCACAUCCAGGGGCCAGACUGUGCAGCCUGCAGAGUGAAUAGAAAACACUGGGAAGAGCUAAAAACGUGACGGAGGAAUCACCGGAGCGGCACAAAAAAAGGGUUAGUGUCUAGUGGGAGGGGAGAGAACGAGAGAGAGAGAGAGAGACUAUGUGGAGGAGUAGAGGCAGUGGCCUAGAUGUGUGAAACGCCAGAGGUUGCUUUUUUGGUUCACUGGUUGACUACCAGGGGCAACUCAAUGGUAGACCAAAUGUAAAUGGGGAAGUUCUGAACAACAAAACUGAGAGGAAAAGUUGUGAAGCCCAUGAUUUGGCAGUUUUUAAAUUACUCACUCAAACUUCUUGAAUUUUCGUUCUGGGAGGCAAACAUCACUGACCAAUAUUUUAGACACACAACGUCCACUGUCAUGGGAAUUCACAGGUGGAACAUGUAGACUCAGACACUCACACAGAGACUUAAAUCUAUUAUUUUUUCGACCCCCCGUGACGGUCAGCGCAGCAUUCCGCUUGACUGAUAGCGAUGGCCUUGGAGGCAGACAGCGACAGAGGUUCAUCAAGAAGCGCUCAUGAAAAAUAUCCCCGGGCAGCGUUGGAGCGCAACGGCUACGUGAAGACAUGUGUCACCCCGUUGCACCAGGACGCAGGGAGCCAGUCGUGGGUGAGACUCGCCGUGACAUGGACUUGCCGAGGAGUGUCGUCUGCGGUCUGCGUUGCCUCCGUCUCCGUUAUUCUCGCUCUGCUGCUCAGAUUGGUCGACUGGGAUGCAGGCAGCAGCAGCAGCAGCAGCAACGGAAAUAGCAGCGACUCCGGCUCUCGUCUUCAUUUCGCGGCGGGCUGCGCUGUGGAGCUGCUUUUGACUGCGUGUUACAGCGUCUCUCCGGUUUUUACUCUCGUAUGUGCCUUCUUUUGGGUCGGGCUGUAUCUGAUUCGCUGCGGGGUGCGCGUCCGUUCCGCGUUUUUUUUGUUAGCGGUGUGCCACUUGGGCGAAGCCGCGGCUCAGUCCCUCCUGCGCGGCGGCAGCGAGGAGCAGCUGCUGUCCCUCCCCGCGACCCUGGUAGUCCUCGGCUGCCUGGGCAGCGGGGCUCUGCUGGUCGUCCGGCUGGGUCAAGGAGUGUCGAUCCUCGUCUUCAUUAGCGUCAUCAGGGCCGUCUCCCUCGUCUCUCUGAGCAGAGUCCGGGCCAGCUGGAGACCCUACCUGGCCUACCUGCUGGGACUGCUGGGGGUUUUGCUUGCGAGGUAUGCUGACCGGCUCCUGCCGGCCUCAGGGACCAGCGGGACGGGGUGCUGUGGCUCUGUGACCGGGGCGAAGGAGGAGGACAUCCCUGUCUUCAAAAGGAGACGGAGGUCCAGCUCCAUAGCGGCCUCGGAAAUGAUGGCUCACAGUCAGAGCAACAGCAAGUCCCACCGCAGGACUUCGCUGCCGUGCAUUCCGCGGGACCAGUCCUCAGGCACCAGUGUGGUGGUGGACAUCGCGGUGAUGGGUGAGGCCCAUGGUUUGAUCUCAGACCUGCUGGCAGACCCGUCACUGCCCCCUAACACCUGCAGCUCUCUGAAGGCCGUCAGCAACCUCCUAAGCACCCAGAUCAGCCUCCAGCCGCUCCACCGGCCUCGCAUCCCCGCGGACACACACACCUGCUCUGACUCCGAGGAGGGGCCCGAAAAAACAGAGAGACUGGCCAUUCCAAAGCGUCUAAGGCGGAGUCUGCCCCCAGGGUUGCUGAGGAGAAUCUCAUCAACGUGGACCACAACCACCUCAGCUACGGGGCUGCCCACCAUCGAGCCGGGCCCCGUACGCCGAGACCGCUCAGCCAGCAUCAAACACACCACAGAAAGCAGUGAAUCGUGGAACAACUCGGUGAUGAUGACCAUCUCAAAGAGCCGCUCCAUGUCUGCCUCCUGUGCUGCCUCUGUCACCUCCAACCACCUCUACAGCAAACCACUGGGAAGACCAGGUGUGUUUCCCCCUUCCAACGUAUCACCUCUGGGCUCUCCGUGCCCGUCUCCUCCCGUCCAGGGCACACCUGUCUCCAGUCCUACGAUAAAGACAUGUUCAGUGCAGCUUCCUGAGCCGGUUGGGCCACUAACGGAGCGGGCCCCUGGCUCUGUGGCCCCCAAGAGCCAUCACAGAGCCUUAACUCACAGCCAGAGCGCCCCAAGCUCCACCACCCCUCACUGGCGGCCUCCAUCACUCUGCGGCAGCUGUGGCAGGCCGUUCAACAAUCGACUAAACCACGGGGUAGAAUCUGUCGACAAAGGAGAUAGAAUACCCCAUCCAGAUGAGCGUGUGGUAGCGUCAUCAGAUUAUGACAGCACCUAUGACAGCACCUACGAGACCAACCACAGUGACAGCAGCGACUUUGCACAGAAUGAAGAGGAGGGAGAAGGAGGCAAGAAGCCACCUGAAGCAAGGGAAGGUUGCAGGGAGUAUCCAACAGAGGGCAUUGUUCUUCACCCACUCCUGCCAUCACCAGAGGACAAGCCAAUCUUACCCCAGGAGGCUCUAGUGAUGCCAGGACUGGAGCCUCUGAUGAGUCAACUCAACAAUUGGAACUUUCCCAUUUUUAGUCUGGUGGAGAAGACUCACAGCAAGACAGGCUGCAUCCUCAGUCAGGUUUCCUAUAGGCUCUUUGAGGACACAGGUCUGUUUGAGACCUUCAGGAUUCCUGUACAAGAGUUCAUGAACUACUUCCACGCUUUGGAGAAUGGAUACAGGGACAUCCCUUAUCACAACCGGAUCCAUGCCACUGAUGUGCUGCAUGCUGUUUGGUACCUAACCACUCAGCCUGUGCCAGGCCUGCCCACCCUGCUGACUGAGAAUGGGAUACACACUGACUCAGAGAAUGGCAUUACACCUGGUACCACAGGCUUCCUGGUGUCCAAGAUGAACUCCAUGCUGGAGGACGGUUAUGGCUCCCUGGCUGGCCUUAUCCCUGGCCUGGAGCUCAUGGCCCUGUAUGUAGCUGCGGCCAUGCACGACUAUGACCAUCCCGGAAGAACCAAUGCCUUUCUAGUAGCUACCAGUGCACCACAGGCCCUUCUAUACAAUGACCGAUCUGUCUUGGAAAACCAUCAUGCAGCUUCAGCUUGGAACCUAUUCAUGUCUCGUCCCGAGUAUAACUUCCUGGUUAACCUUGAACACGUGGAGUUCAAGCGCUUCCGCUUCCUAGUCAUUGAGGCCAUCCUGGCCACGGACCUCAAAAAGCACUUUGACUUCCUCGCAGAGUUUAAUGCAAAGGUGGGUGAUGAAGGAGUGUCUGGUAUUGAUUGGACCAACGAGAAUGACCGAUUGCUAGUGUGCCAGAUGUGCAUCAAGCUGGCUGAUGUCAAUGGACCGCUGAAGUGUAAGGAGCUACACCUGCAGUGGACAGAGGGGAUCGUCAACGAGUUCUACGAACAAGGUGAUGAAGAAGCAAGUCUGGGCCUUCCCAUCAGCCCAUUCAUGGACCGGUCCGCUCCGCAGCUCGCUAAACUACAGGAGUCAUUCAUCACUCAUAUAGUAGGACCUCUGUGCUCCUCCUACGACUCUGCUGCUCUCAUGCCAGGACGCUGGGUUGACCUGCCUGAGGGAGAGAUGGAGCCAGAAGAGGCGAAGGAACAAGAGGACACAGAAGAGGAAGAGGAAGAUAUGGCAGAUGAGGAUGCAUCAACAAGUUCUGACACCUCCCAGCGGCAAGAAACCAAAAAGGCAAGGAGGAGGAAGGUGUUUUGCCAGAUCACACAGCAUCUUUUGGAAAACCAUGAAAUGUGGAAAAGAGUGAUUGCUGCAGAAACCCAGGAGGAGGCCCAGAAAGAGGAGCCAAACUGCAUCAGCAGCCCCAACGACCCAAUCACAGCCAUUCACGAGGAAGAGGAAGAGCAAGCGAGCAAAGAGGAGGAGUCGGCUGACCGCCUUGAUGAAAGGGAAGAGGUGCCGGCUUUAGAGGAAGUGGAAAUCCUUCCGCAAUCAGAGACUUCAGGGGAAAAAGAGGAAGAGCCAGAGUGAUAUUAUGAACUUUGACCUCCUCUUAAACCAGGAAUCUGAACGUUGUCUAAAAAUGUUUGUUUCUUUCCUAACUAAACUGUUGAUAUGGUAGCCAGCACAUCACUUUGACACAACACUGUAGAAGAUGUUUUGGGUAAUAUGUGCCUAACAAAAACAGGGUUUGAGGACAGGGAUGAUGCAUGCCCAGUGCAUCUGACAAAGGGAGAGAGGUGAGAUGAGCAAAAGAUGAAGUGACGAGGCAGAAAAAGAAGCUGAAACAGAAAAAGAGAAUGAAUGGGACUGUAUUUGUUUUUGUUGUAGUAUUUGUUUUAGUCUGGAUCUGGUGCCCUGCCCUCACCCAGGCUGCCCAUCCUGCACUAUGAGCCAACCAUGCUGAUUCACUCAUUCACUCUACCAGUGAGCAAUACACUGUCACAAGCCCCCCCUUCUUGUUGCUCCCAUGCUAUCAGCACACUGCGGAGCCCCCGGCUGGUUUAGGAUGUGCAACAAGCCCCUUCUCCUUGAAAACAAUGGGAUGAAAGCCAGGGAAAAAGCUGUGUCCACUGAGGCUCAGCUGUCGUACAUUGUGUGUACAUACAUACACGCACAGGAACUUCACACACACACACAAUACUACAGUAGAGACGCAUUCCUAACACAGAGCUGAUAGGAAGUUUAACAAAGAACCCUGUUGUUCAAAAAGCUUUAUUCUUGCUCAAGGAAAAACAUACAAAACAAUGUUUUGUUCAUGUCAAACAAUGUUUGCUCUUAGUCACAUGUUCUCUCCCUGUCUUUUGUUACUCAGAGUAAGUCCAGCACACCUACACAACUCAGGAAGGCAGAGACCCAAGGAGAUAAAAAAAAAACCCCAAGAAAUUAGGUAUUUUAUUAAGCGUCCUUGUCUUUUUACUUAACACUGCUUCAAGAAGUUCUUUCUAUGAGGUUUGAGAUGCUAUCGAUUUGCUAAUGUCCCCAGAUUCCCAGUUCCCUUUGUGCAUGACAAAGGAGCUGCAAGGUAAAUAAGAUUAUUGAUCACAUCAACACGGCUCGUCACAAUUGAUGAAGAUUUCAUAUUGUCCCUAAUCUAUAACACUUACUGUUAUAGAUCUCGCUGUUGACCACACAUGUUAACAUACGAGACACAAAAGUAAACUAAUAAGGUAAUAUGUUUUGUUAAGUAAAUGCAAUUUGCAUCCAAAUUUUAAGUCAGUUCCCAACUUGUUUCCUUAAUCUUUACUGUAAUGUACCCACUAAUGACAGAAUUCUUUAUAAUUUCUAACCUGGUAUGUAGGCCAAAUGCUUCAGAAAGUGAGUAAUCCAGUAAGCCAUAGUGGCCCAGGCCAGAGCUGACUCAUAGCUCCAAACCACCCGAGAGGAUUAACGUCAAUAAGACAUAAAAAAAAAAAGAAAGAAAAAACACCCUGUGGUGCUUAUUGCCAUGCAGGAGGUGUUGUGUGCAAGAAACUACAUAGAAGUCCCAGUCAGAUCCAAAUGAUUCAGUCUGUCAUUAUUUUGUUGCACGAAAA